AUGCACACCUCUGAAGUCAGGAAACGGCAAAUGCGGGACGUUAAUCCAGACAGCGCAGGUGCACCCAUGAACUCGCCCAAAGAUGGAGCCCGGACCGUGACGUACACCGAGACUCUUGAGUGGCAGCGGGACAACAUACACAUUCGUCGCGGCUAUCGACCUGCCAAAGCAGAUUACCGGGAAGUUCUCAUCAGCUUAACUUUCCUCCACAACGAGACGUGCAAUGUGUAUUCUCAUCUCCUCGGAGCCGUACUCCUGCCUCUGCUCGCGGCCGCCUUCCUGCGAAUCCUCUCUGCUCCUCGUUUCGUUGGCGUAUCGAGAAUGGAUUAUCUCAUGUUCGGGACAUUCUUUUGUUGUGCAGAAGUUUGUCUGAUCUUUAGCACUCUCUACCAUUUACUCGGCUCUCACUCUCACGGCGUGGAACAGUUUUGGCUCCGGAUGGAUCUACUUGGCAUUAUCAUCGCGGUAGUUGGCACUUUCGUUCCGGGCAUCCGCUACGCUUUCAUCUGUGACACGGGCGUUCAGAAGCUGCAUUGGGCCAUCAUCAUCAGCUCGGGAUUUGCCACCGCUGUGAUGAUCUGUGUACCCAAAUUUAGGCGCUGGCGCACGGCAAGGACAUGUGCAUACCUGGCGCUUGGCGCUUCAUCCUUCAUCCCUAUUCUACACGGAGUUCAACUGUACGGCGUUGAGUACAUGAUGCGAUACUCCGGACUGAAAUGGUACUUGCUAGAGAUGGUUCCCUAUGGUCUUGGGGUCACCUUGUACGCGUUCCGAGUCCCAGAGCGCUUCGUACCGGGCUACUUCGAUUUUUGGGGAGCCUCACACCAGAUUUUUCAUGUUUCUAUACUAUUCGGUAUGUUCAUACAUGUAGUAGGUCUGAACGAAGCUUUCACAGCAUGUCACACCGUGGAUCUUUGUAAGAUCCAGGCCGCUCAUCGAGCAAAUUAG